AUGCCUGUUCGGAGAGGUCACGUUGCGCCACAAAAUACAUUUCUUGGAAUAAUAAUACGGAAAUUCGAGGGACAGAAUAGGAAAUUUGUUAUAGCCAAUGCCCGGGUACAGAACUGUGCGAUCAUCUACUGUAAUGACGGCUUCUGUGAGAUGACCGGCUAUUCCAGACCGGAUGUCAUGCAGAAGCCAUGCACCUGUGACUUCCUCCACGGCGAGAACACUGACACACAUGCCAUCAGCCAGGUGGCCCAGGCUCUGAUGGGCUCAGAGGAGCGCAAGGUGGAAAUCACAUAUCACCGCAAAGAUGGGUCAGACUUCCAGUGCUACACUCACAUACUCCCGGUGAAGAACGAGGAAGGCGUAGUGAUGCUGUUCAUCCUAAACUUUGAUUACGUCCUUGAGGAAGGAAGCAGCGACUCGACAGAGAAACUGAACCACACAUCCCCGGAAAGAACUGAUUCCGGAAAGGGACGAUUCUUCCGAUUCCGCCAGGCUGCCUUGAGUCUGGUCUCCAACAAACAGUCUCUUCCACAAGAGGACCCAGAUGCCGUCACGGUGGACUCACCCUCCUCCUCGGUGGCUCUGACCAAUUUCCAGUCGCCUCCGACCAAGGAAAACUGCAGCCCCACCAAUGCCAAAGACACACGGGCCCUCAUCAGCUCCAGCCACCACUCCUCCCAGGCCAGUUUGCAUGGACCCGGACCCCUGAGCCACUCCUCUCCCAAGCAGUACCCCUGGGAAAGGCUGUACCAGAUGGAGGCGCACCAGUCCACCACCUGCCUGGCACACACCAUCUCCAGAGGCAGCAUCAGCGGGAGCAGCAUGAGGCGAGCAUCCUCCGUCCACGACAUAGAAGGCUUCAGCAACUCCAAGAGCAUGUUCAGGGACCGACACGCAAGUGAAGGUCCGUUCAAUCAUUUCAAGUCCAGUUUGCUGGGUUCCACCUCGGAGUCCAACAUCAACAAGUACAGCACCAUCAACAAGAUCCCGCUGAUUGCGCUCAACUUCGCAGAGCGGAAUAACGAAAAUAAGGCACAAUCUCCUCCAUCGUCAGAAAACACUAUCAUAGCACCCAAGGUCAAGGACAGAACGCACAACGUCACUGAAAAAGUCACACAGGUACUGUCACUUGGCGCUGAUGUCCUUCCAGAAUACAAGCUCCAGACUCCACGCAUGGACAGAUUCACCAUCCUCCACUACAGUCCCUUCAAAGCUAUGUGGGACUGGCUCAUCCUGCUGCUGGUCAUCUACACAGCCAUUCUUACUCCCUACUCUGCUGCUUUCCUACUCAAUGACCGCGAGGAGCAAAUGAGGCGCGAGUGUGGAUACUCCUGCAAUCCCCUGAACGUGGUGGAUUUCAUGGUGGACAUCAUGUUUAUCGUUGACAUUGUUAUCAACUUCCGAACCACCUAUGUGAAUCUGAACGAGGAAGUGGUCAGCCAGCCAGGGAAGAUUGCCAUUCAAUACUUCAAAGGGUGGUUCCUUAUAGACAUGGUGGCUGCGAUCCCCUUUGACCUGCUUAUCUUCGGUUCAGGAUCAGAUGAAACUACCACUCUGAUUGGCCUGUUAAAGACAGCCCGACUGCUGCGAUUGGUGCGUGUGGCCAGGAAACUGGAUCGUUACUCUGAGUAUGGAGCUGCUGUGCUAAUGCUACUCAUGUGCAUCUUUGCACUUAUUGCUCACUGGCUAGCCUGCAUAUGGUACGCCAUUGGCAAUGUGGAGAAGCCUUACCUGGAGCACAAGAUUGGUUGGCUCGACAAUCUGGGGGUCUCCAUUGGCAAGAGGUAUAACUACAGUGACCCUAGUUCUGGGCCCUCCAUCAAGGACAAAUAUGUCACCGCACUUUACUUCACGUUCAGCAGUCUAACCAGCGUGGGCUUUGGGAAUGUCUCCCCAAAUACCAACUCAGAAAAGAUCUUCUCUAUCUGUGUCAUGCUGAUCGGCUCCCUCAUGUAUGCCAGCAUCUUCGGUAACGUCUCAGCCAUCAUCCAGCGGCUGUACUCUGGCACAGCAAGAUACCACACCCAGAUGCUCCGGGUUCGAGAGUUCAUCCGCUUCCAUCAGAUCCCCAACCCACUAAAGCAGAGACUGGAGGAGUACUUCCAACACUCCUGGACCUACACCAACGGCAUCGACAUGAACACGGUGUUAAAAGGAUUCCCUGAGUGUCUUCAGGCAGAUAUCUGCCUCCACCUCAACCAGGAUCUGUUGGAGAGCUGCAAGGCCUUCCAUGGAGCUACCAAGGGCUGCCUGAGAGCCCUGGCCAUGCGCUUCCAGACCACCCACGCCCCCCCAGGGGACACCCUGGUCCACUCUGGAGACGUCCUCACCGCACUUUACUUCCUGUCUCGGGGCUCCAUAGAGAUCUUGAAGGAUGACAUUGUGGUGGCCAUUCUGGGUAAAUGCAGUUGAACUAUACAUAGAAAUGGGUGUUUUUU